CCAGAUUUCAGAUUUUGAGUUCUGGAGUCCGUGACCUUCAAACUCUCAUGGUCAGUUCUCGUCCACACACUCUACAUCGCAGCGCACCGUAUUACGCCAGCCUCGGGUGUUCCCAAUAACCUUUAGGUCGCUCUUGAACAGACACGGAAGUGCGCCAAUAAAACGCCUGCGCGAGAGGCUCCAGGUUCGCCAUGGCCCAUGACCACCCAGCGCGGCCGUCGUGGACCAGCCUCACCUCCCCUACCUUCUGAGACUGUCCAUCGGCAGCCCCCAUGAGCACCAAGGCCACGCGGGCCUGCGAUGCCUGUCGCGUCCGAAAAGUGAAGUGCAGCGCCAAGCAGCCCUGCACCCAGUGCGCCCACCUGAACCUCGCCUGCAACUUUGCACCCGCCCCAGCCAAGCGAAAGCCCGGCGUGCGAGGCCGUCUAGUCGCUCAAUUGCGCAGCAAGUCGGCGACCAAAGCCAGCAACGGAAAGGCACCGCUGGUUUCAAGCCCUUCAUCACCGCCGUCGUCGCGCACCGAGUCGAGCUCCGAUGCGGCUGCAGUCACCUCCAUCGCUGCCAUCCUUGACACCAACCAUGCCACCCCGCGCCGCCCCGGGCCAGCUCCGCCCAUUGCCGGCGCCGCCUACUCCAAGGAUUUUUUCAUGAACUUGCUGCCGGAGUACGAGCAGCUCGUCUACCCCGUGAACCCUGUCUUAACCCCUGACGAAGUGUGCGCCGCCAUCGAGAACAUGGAUGCGAGCUACGAAGAUGCCGCCGUCGUCCACGCCUUUGGUGCCAUUACCAUCAACCUGACGCAGACAUCAUGGACUCUGCAUGGCGACAUUGCCGCUCAGAUGUCGUCGCUCAUUCAUCAUAGCCAAUGUGCCUAUCACAUGGCCGGCAGGGGCACGGACGCCAACCCACAGUACAUCCAGGGCGACAUGCCCUUGACGGUGAAGGGUGCCAUGAUUGGCCUGUGGAACGAAUGUUCUCUCAUGGCGUUCAAGCGCUUCGAUCGCAGCUUUGCCAGUCUACGCGAGUCCAUCGCCGUGAUCCAAAUGCUCAACAUACACAAGUAUUCCGAAGACAAUUUCUGCGGCCUCACGCGCCGCGAGGUGUCUCGCCAGCAGCGCAUGUAUUGGGAGGCCUACAUCCACGAGCGCUUUGUGUGCAUCAUGUCAGGCUUCCCCUGCACCAUGAUCCCCCUGCGGACCGGCCUGCCGAUCACGGACCCGGACGUCCCGCCGUAUGUCACGGUCGGUUUCAACUGCCUAAUCCGCCUGUUCUUGACCAUGGACGACCAAAUGCUCGCGCACUGGACAGCGCAGACUAUGCCCGGCGCCCCCGCCAUCACGGCAGAGUGGAUCGAGGGCAAGCAGGCACAGCUGGACGCCGACGAGGCCGAGACCGCCGAGGCCGCCCGUGAGCUUUUGGCCAGCGGCGCCGGCGCGCUAACCGAGGAGCAGCACGUCGACCUCUUCGUCACGCGCCUCUGGCUGCGCACACUCGUCUGGCAGCUCGCCCUCUCUCACGGGCUGCUCCGUUCCGCGCCCCCACGAGAUGCCCACGAAGGAUUCUCCCUCCACUUCCCGGCCCAGCGCCUGUCGGCGCAGCUGCGUGGCCUCGUCAGCCGUCUCCGCAACAUGUCGAGCAUCAUCACCCACGGCAGCGGCAUCCUGCAGAAGCUCUUCGAGAUUACCAGCACCGUCGCCGACGUGCUCGCUCUGCCGCGCGGGCCCGGCCAGACGCAGGAGGAGGCACGGGCUCGAGUUGAGGAUUUCCUUUUUCUUGUGCGUUUCAUGUUUAGCUUUGAGCGCACGCAGAGGCAUCACCGAGAGUACUUGCUUGAGAAGCUCGACACUUUGCGGGGAAUGUAUACGAUCGUGGAUUUUGGGGCUCUGGCAGGGAGUCCUCCGGCGAGAUGAGCGUCCCCUGACCCGUCUGAAUGUGAGCUCUGUUUCCAAGCUGCAACAAAGGGGGUCGAGUGGCUGCUGAGGGAAAGAGACGUUGGGGAUUGCAAGUGUAUGUAGGGUACGCAAUGAUUAUUGAUCUAGGGUCUAUAAUUAUACCAAGCCUAGGGCGAGGGCAUGUGGUCGGAGGUCACAGAGCCCUCCCAUUCCGAUCACAAGUACCUGCGUCUCCUCUUGUACAAGGAUGCCUUCAUAGGAUCCGUGUCGGUGCUACUAAUGGCGGUCGCUAGUGGCAGAUCAGGGGACAUCCACCGGUCCGAGGAUUACGUGGGAUUGGAGUGUCUGAUCGAGAAACACCU